AUCUUUGAGUACGCAGACGGCCCCAACGCCCAGGUCAUGAAUGCGGAGGAGCACGCCUUUCGAUUUUCUGCCAACAUCAUCAACAGGAAUAGGACUCUGCUGCCCAACACCACCUUGACCUAUGACAUCCAGAGGAUUCACUUCCAUGACAGCUUCGAGGCUACCAAGAAGGCCUGUGACCAGCUGGCUCUGGGCGUGGUGGCGAUCUUUGGGCCAUCGCAGGGCUCCUGCACCAAUGCCGUCCAGUCUAUCUGUAAUGCCCUGGAGGUGCCCCACAUCCAGCUUCGCUGGAAGCACCACCCGCUGGACAACAAAGACACCUUCUACGUGAACCUCUACCCUGACUACGCCUCUCUCAGCCACGCCAUCCUUGACCUUGUCCAGUACCUCAAGUGGCGGUCAGCGACCGUGGUCUAUGAUGACAGUACAGGGCUCAUCCGGCUGCAGGAACUCAUCAUGGCCCCAUCGAGAUACAACAUCCGCCUGAAGAUCCGCCAGCUCCCUAUCGACUCUGAUGACUCGCGCCCCCUGCUCAAGGAGAUGAAGCGAGGCCGGGAAUUCCGCAUUAUCUUCGACUGCAGCCACACCAUGGCAGCUCAGAUCCUCAAGCAGGCCAUGGCCAUGGGCAUGAUGACCGAGUACUACCAUUUCAUCUUCACCACUCUGGAUCUCUACGCAUUAGACCUGGAGCCCUACCGCUACUCAGGGGUGAACCUGACCGGCUUCCGGAUCCUCAAUGUGGACAACCCCCACGUCUCAGCCAUUGUGGAGAAGUGGUCCAUGGAGCGGCUGCAGGCGGCUCCCCGGGCAGAGUCUGGCCUGUUGGAUGGAGUGAUGAUGACCGACGCGGCCUUACUGUACGACGCCGUCCACAUCGUGUCUGUGUGCUACCAGCGGGCGCCCCAGAUGACCGUGAACUCCCUGCAGUGCCAUCGGCACAAGGCCUGGCGCUUUGGCGGCCGCUUCAUGAACUUCAUCAAGGAGGCUCAAUGGGAAGGAUUAACUGGACGGAUUGUUUUCAACAAAACAAGUGGCUUGCGGACAGAUUUUGAUCUGGACAUCAUCAGCCUGAAGGAGGAUGGCCUGGAGAAGGUUGGGGUUUGGAGUCCUGCCGAUGGGCUCAAUAUCACAGAGGUUGCCAAAGGCCGAGGCCCCAAUGUCACCGACUCUCUGACAAACAGGUCACUCGUCGUCACCACAGUGCUGGAGGAGCCCUUUGUCAUGUUCCGGAAGUCCGACAGGACCCUGUAUGGGAAUGACCGGUUUGAGGGCUACUGCAUCGACCUGCUCAAGGAACUGGCCCACAUCCUGGGCUUCUCCUAUGAGAUCCGGCUGGUGGAGGACGGGAAGUACGGGGCUCAGGACGACAAGGGCCAGUGGAACGGCAUGAUCAAGGAGCUCAUCGACCACAAGGCAGAUCUGGCUGUGGCCCCCCUGACCAUCACCCACGUCCGUGAGAAGGCCAUUGACUUCUCCAAGCCCUUCAUGACACUCGGUGUGAGCAUCCUGUACCGCAAGCCCAAUGGCACCAACCCCAGUGUUUUCUCCUUCCUCAAUCCCCUGUCCCCAGACAUCUGGAUGUAUGUGCUCCUCGCCUACCUGGGCGUCAGCUGUGUCCUCUUCGUCAUUGCCAGGUUCAGCCCUUAUGAGUGGUACGACGCUCACCCCUGCAACCCUGGCUCCGAGGUGGUGGAAAAUAACUUCACUCUGCUUAAUAGUUUCUGGUUCGGCAUGGGGUCCCUGAUGCAGCAAGGGUCUGAACUGAUGCCCAAGGCUCUGUCCACGCGCAUCAUUGGCGGCAUCUGGUGGUUCUUCACGCUCAUCAUCAUCUCCUCCUACACGGCCAACCUGGCCGCCUUUCUGACCGUGGAGCGCAUGGAGUCCCCCAUCGACUCUGCCGACGACCUGGCCAAGCAAACCAAAAUUGAGUAUGGAGCUGUCAAAGACGGGGCCACCAUGACCUUCUUCAAGAAAUCCAAGAUCUCCACCUUCGAGAAGAUGUGGGCCUUCAUGAGCAGCAAGCCCUCGGCGCUGGUGAAAAACAAUGAGGAGGGCAUCCAGAGGACCCUCACAGCUGACUACGCGCUGCUCAUGGAGUCCACGACCAUCGAGUACGUCACGCAGAGGAACUGCAACCUCACGCAGAUUGGGGGCCUCAUCGACUCCAAGGGUUAUGGCAUCGGCACGCCCAUGGGCUCCCCUUACCGGGACAAGAUCACCAUCGCCAUCCUGCAGCUGCAGGAGGAGGACAAGCUGCACAUCAUGAAGGAGAAGUGGUGGCGGGGCAGCGGGUGCCCUGAGGAGGACAACAAAGAGGCCAGUGCCCUGGGGAUCCAGAAGAUUGGGGGCAUCUUCAUCGUCCUGGCCGCCGGCCUGGUCCUGUCUGUGCUGGUAGCCGUGGGCGAGUUCGUGUACAAGCUCCGCAAAACUGCAGAGCGAGAGCAGCGUUCCUUCUGCAGUACUGUGGCCGAUGAGAUCCGUUUCUCCCUCACCUGCCAGCGUCGGGUCAAGCACAAGCCGCAGCCUCCCAUGAUGGUCAAGACUGAUGCCGUCAUCAACAUGCACACGUUCAAUGACCGCCGGCUUCCAGGCAAGGACAGCAUGUCCUGCAGCACAUCAUUAGCCCCUGUGUUCCCCUAGGCACAGGUGGGGUGGGGACCACAGGCCUAGGGCAGGCAGGUCAGAGGAAAGCAAAGGAGACUGGAAGGACUGUCGCCUGCCCUCACACCGGGCUUGGGGACCAGAGCUGCUGCCCGCCUGUUGGGCCAGGAGCCAUCUGCCAUUACCUACCAGGAAACCAGCAGGCCCUCAGGCCAGCUGCUUGGGCUUCAUUCUCCUUUUAUUUCUUCUAUGGGUUUCUAAAGCUGCCAGCCAAGACAGCCAAGGCCAAAGGAAGCACAUGCCUCUCUCAGACCAAACUCAUCUCCCCUCAACCCUCCUCUAGAGUCAGAAGUUUCUGCCACGAUACUGCAGAGGCCACAGAAAAUGGGAGACAAGUCUUAUAUUGACUCUCCUUCCCCAAGAGCGCAGGCCUCCCAGGGCUUGACCAUGAGACCAGAGACACAAGCCUUAGGUGUCUUAAGGGUGUUAUAAUGUGGCUACCAAUGAGAGCUAAAGAUGAAGAAUGGCCAUCCCAUCCAAAGGAAGACUUCAUCCCUCAGGGGCUGUUCAGGUAGUCCUGGUCUUCUGGACUUGGCAUCACCCACAGCAGCCCCUGUCUUGGCAAAGCUGAAGGCAAAGAGCCCACAGGGGAAAAGAGUUUGAGGUAUGGGAGAGAAAGAAUGCGCAGGUAGAGGCUGCCAUUUUGGAUUCAUGUGGACAGUGUCCCAAUGGCUCCCACUCCUCUAGAAGGUCUCUGCAAACAUAAGUAGGGGAGUGAUCACAGCAUAUUCUUCUCUGCUUUCUGGCCAGAGAAGAGGGGACCCCCUAAGUCUUUCACAAAGGAUGCCCAGACAUUCAGCCAAUAUUUGAAGCCCAGCAGAGGAACAGUGGAUUCCGUGGAAGUCCCACAGGCCCUGGGGCCAGUGGAUCCUACGUUGCUGGUUAGCAAGCUGUUUCUAAACCCUGUUGGCAUUUGGGAACCUGGAUCUUCACCAUCUACUCAUCAGCAAUUCCCCACUCCUGGCCAGUUGACCUUGGCCUCCCUCUGUCAUCUCAGAAGGAAGAGUGGCCUAGAUCAAAGUGGAAGUCAGGUCACCCUUCCUUAAAAGAGGGGUCAGAGUCCUGCUGUACAGGCUGACGUUGGGGUAGAUGGGCAAAGCCAGAGGGGACAAAGAACUCCUGGCCUCCUGCACUUGCCAAACCUAAAGAUAGUCCCCAGAAAAAGUUUCCAGGGGCAGGAAGGCCCCAAAGGGGGAGAGGGAGAAGCUGCCUCCUGGAGAAUUAACCAAAGACCCCACACAGAGACACAAGGCCAUCCUGGCCCCUUGUCUCUUGUCCAGAGCAGCUGCGACCCUAUGGGCUGGGGGAAGACAGCAGAGAAGUAGCAGCAGUGUGGGUACCAGGGAGGGGGUGGACCAGAUGAUCUGUGGGUCAGCCGCUGCAAUGGAUGCUCUAGGGGUCUGUGACUUUAAGAUUCUUGGCAAAGACUGAGACAUGAAGGGUUAGGCACAAAGUGUCCUUAAAGAGAACACGAUGGGGCUGGCAGGCUGCCUGUGACCAAGGACAGAGGGCAGCCUUUGAGCAGGGGAGGGAGGAACCAGGGGACAGCAGCCACUCGCCUCCCACCUCUCUCCUGUUGCUGUUGGGGAGCCUGGUUAGGGAAGAGCUACACUUGGAUUCAAGGGCCUGCUCAGCUGGGGUGAAGGGUAAUCUCUAGCAAAGCAGGACACCACAGUGGGCUCAAGUGCUAAAUACUGUCCCUCCUCCAGGCUGUCUGUUGCAGGAGGGAGAAGAGGGCUGGACAUACAGCAUAGCCCCAGGUGUGUAAUGACAGGAAAAGCCAUGCUGUCGUGAACUUUGGAGUGCAGGGGUGUGUGCAUGUGUGUAUUUGUCUUUGCAUGUGUGAGCUUCGGGGGCUAGGGGCGAAGGACAGAUUUGGACAUAUAACAUAGUCCAGGGCAUGCAAUAAUAAGUGAAUCCUUCGGGAUCUGGGGGUAUGUGUGUGUGUGUGCGUGUACGUGCACAUACAUGAGUGAAUUAGGGAUGAAGGAUACAAAUCUGGCCAAGCAGCAGAGCCCCGUAUAUGUAAAAAACAGGAGAAGCCAUGUCAUAAUGGGGUCCUGGCAAGUAUACAUAUGCAUGCAUGCAUGCGUGGGUAUGUAUGCUUUUGUGUGUGUGCAUUUGUGCACUGAAUGGCAGAGGAUGGAGGACAGGAUAAAACCUGCAGUGUAGCCAAAUACAUGUAAAAGGAGAAGCCAUGUCCCCGAGGGGUCCGUGUGUGAGUGUGUGUUCACGUGUGUUUGUAGUAUUGUGUGCACAGCAGAGAGCAGGGGGGAGGACAGACCAGACAGCCGUGCAACAUGGGUCAGUGCAUGUUGUACGUGAGGAGCCAUAUGGAAUUAGAGUUUGUGAGUGUGUAUGUGAGUGUGCUCAUGCACACAUGUUGAGACACCCACAUAUGUCCCAACUCACAGCAGGAACAUGGACAAUCAGUCAGGAAGGGAGGGCAUCAGGGUCUAUUUGCACUUCUGUCAUGGGAGAGAUCGUUUGUCACAGAGGUUUGCUGUCCUGUAUGGGCAGACGCACAAGGAGAUGGGCCACGUCAGGGCAAAACCCUUCAGGGGCACAUGCUGGGUGCUCCUUUGCUAUAGGCGGGGUGUCCCAUUUGAAGGGAAAACUCUUUUCUUUUUGCAAUUUCCAGAUAUCGGGGAUUCCCUAAUUCUAAUGAAGGUGUUUGCCGCUUUGCUCUCCCCAAUGACAGUCAUCACCCACUGUCUGAUUUUGUCCAGCACGGUUUCAUAGCACAUGCCCACGUGCAUGUUCAUGUCACACACAGAUGUGUGCUUUUGUGCAUGACACUACGUGGACGUGUCAUGCUCUUCUGAGGCUAUGCACAUAUGUAGAUUGUGAUGGCAGGAAGAAGAAGUGGCGUGGGAUGGCAAGACUUUUCAUAAAAGGAGUGAAGCAUGGAGGGUAAACAGAGGCACAAUUCCAUUAGGGAAAUCUCCCAGAAGGUAUGGAAAAGGCCUUUGGACUCCUGAACGGAAGUGGGUGGCAUGCUGCUCACUCUCCUCUCCCAUUUGAGCCUUAUGUCCGCAGGUGUGGCUAACACUCAGCUGCUGGCUGAUGUCCUGCGUUUGUCCUAGAGAGCAGCCCAGUGUUCAAAUGCAGUGGAGACCCCUUCUGCCCACAUAUGAGCUGUGUCUCUAUGGGGGUCCUGAAGGUGACCCUGCAUCUCUGAGGUGGGAGGGGGCGGGGAGGUGUUCCCAGCCAGGCAGAGUGUAUGUUAUUAAAGUUGAAGCCUGCCCUGCUGGUGGAUGUGGAACUGAACUGGGCAGAGCACGCGUAUGCACUGAGAAGUGAUAGGAAGCCUAAAAGCUGGGGUGGAAGGAACAAAAGGUGGAACUUGCCUGGGCAGGGCUGGACUGUCCCUGUCUGGUCCCAUGUGCCAGCCCUGAACAGAAGAAGGCCCCCACCUCACCCUACAAUGGCAGAGCCGCCUCUCCACCUGCUCAAACUGAGGGGCAGCCGUGAGAAGGCCCCCACUACCACCACGCACCAAGGCCCUGGGGCAUUUGGACAGUGAGCUCCCCUUCUCUCUCCCCUGGACCUGCUGCUGGUUUCUCUGCUGUGGACAGAUGAGGAAACCCUCGGAGCUCUGGCAGCGUUCAGGUGGCUCCACCCUGCACGCGUCUCUCAAGAGGGAAAACGCCCCCUUGGCCGAUGAGCUGGACUCUGAAUCUCUGAGGGGUAGGAGGACUGCCCUCUCCUCACAGCCAAGACUCUGCCUCCACCGGAAGAGCACAUCCUGGCUCCCUGCUCUCUGCCCUCUGCCCGGGCACUGGAAGAUGGAAAUCCUGGCCCAGGAUGGGGGAGGGGUCCAAACAGGUUAGAAGCCUCCCCCCGUCCUUCACAUCCCAGAGA